AUGGCUGAGCAACUGGCCCUCGAGGACAUCACAAACUGUCCGAUCCACAAUAUCGACGACGACAACAACGUGUUCUCCUCGUCCGCGCAACGUCCCUCACGCACCGAACACCGCCUCCGGAUGCUUGCGAAGGUAAGUGAGAGCCGGAGAAGACCAAGAAGAAGAAGAAGAAGAAGAAGAAGAAGUGCUCUCACUCCAUAACUCGAUUACGUUUGCCUCCAAUUUCCGAAACUCCCUUCUCUUUUUUUGCGAAAAUUUGCGGAUAAUUCGUUCGAUUUCUGAUCUUUUAACGGUGAGAGCGCGGGGAAAAGUUAGGCCAUCGCUUUGUUUUCGUUCGAAAUUCGUUGUUUUUUGCGAGUGAAAAGUGAAACCAUUAGAAAUGUGUGUUUUCCCCACCGCCCCACCGAAAAAAACAAUUCAAUUUCGGCGCUCAUCUUCUCCAAUGUCACCUGUCUUUGUCUUCGGUGCUCUCCGAGCUUUCGAGUGAUAAAAGUGGCGACCACAAACGAGCUCGGCUCCUCACUCUGGGGAAUAAUAUCAUGUGACGAGGAGAAAGCGAAAGAGAGAGAGAGAGAGAGAGAGCUUUUUAGUGUCAUUCAGAGAAACACUUUAUGUCACAACUUGUCCCCCAUUGCCUUUCUUUGGUGGCCUAGUCCGGUAAAAAGUUAGACGACAGUUAGAACAGGAACUACAGUAAUCUAUUUCCCAUUCUCUUUUUUCUAGCGCCUGCGAUGUUUUUAAUGUACGUGAGCCAGAAGCAAUUGCACUUUUCAGAAAUUCCAAUCAUAAAAAAGCAGAUAAAAUGAGCCAUAACUUCCCAUUCUUCUCCUGCUUUCUCUUCCCAUCUCAUUUCACUUCCUCUUCCUCUUUCUCUUCCCCUUUUCACCGAAACCCAUCCGUGAAUAUUCCCUUCCGAAAGGUAAAGUUUGACCAGUGCUCCGUGCUCAAUGAGCCCUCCUUCACCCAUCCUGACCAUCGCAUUUUUCGAGCCGCUGAGCAAUUAUAUUAUGCUGCUCAUCGUGAGAGAGAGAGUGUGUGUGUAAUAUUGUGAAUGUACGAGUUCGAUGAGCACAAAACUUUUUUACUUCUUUUUUUUCGGGAAAUGCCGAGCACUUUGACAUCAUCUUUCUCUCUGUGAGUUAAGUGGCCUGUUUGGCGCUUUCGCCUUCUUUCUUUUCAAUUGUUGCUAUUGUUGUUGUGAGCGUUGACCUUCGGUUUACUACAGUAAUCUUAGAGUCUCUAACGUUGUAACAAUUAUCGAAAAGUACAGUAGUCCUCUCGCUACAGCAUUUGGUUACCGUACCGUCCAAAAAUGUACGCAAUAUCUUAGCGGACAGUUUGUUAGUUGACGACUUUUUGAUAGCUCUAGCGGCAGCUGAAAUCUAUCGUCUAGAAUAGACAAUAUCAGCGCUUGUCUGUUAGAAAUUUACGAAAAAUCGCACACUUUCGAAACUACCGUAAUCUAUCCGCGGCCCGCCCACACACCUAAUUGCGCCCUCGUCGCCCACAUUCUCGCCAUUUCGUUGUGCCGCCAAAAGGCGUGCACCCUGGGCAAUUUCCGGAGAACAUUCGAAGCACUCUCCUCCGCACUCGCACUCUCUUCCCCUUCUUCUUCUUCUUCUUCAUCUCGUACAAGUCUCUUCCGCAUCGCCGCGACAAAUUGUCCUCUGCCGGUGUUGAAGGGCGGCACGAGGGCAAAGAAGGAGAAGAAGAAGCCACUUCAUUUCUGGCUUCAAGUGUCUCUCGUGUUGUGCGCGUUUCAAAGGUAGGAGUUCUGUGGAUGUCUGGACUGACAAGGUUACGGUGGCGUCGAAGAAAAAUGAAAAGUUGAUGUCCUUUAGAUCUCUGAAUUCCUAAAAAGUUGUUCAGCGCAAAAUUGGCAAUAACUUCUUAGUUGAACAUUAUUCUGCGAUGAUUUAGAUUUAUGAUGUUCGUAAAAAUCCCGCCUAAAAGCCUUCUUUUCCAUAGAAACAUCCUCUCGCCCUCAAAUCCCAUUCUCUUCUCAUCAAAAGCCUACGAAACGUGCUGACGUUUCCAUAGAAGUGUCACCUGCAGAGUUGCUCUUCUUCUCCUUCUUCUUCUUUCUCCUUCUACUCCCCAGACACUCUCUCCCUACACUUCAUUUCCAAUUUGCAGAACUUCAAGGACAUCCGCUCCUCCUCGAUGGCCUCUUCGAGCUCUUCGGCGGUGCGUCCGUUCGGCACCGCGCGGCUCACACCGGGAAGAGCCACCGGAAGACAUCAGCAUCAGCAGCAGCAGCAGCAGCAGCAGCAGAUCAACGCGCCGGAGCCGAUGAUUGCAAUCGCGCUCUCCGAUAUGGAGUAUCUGAUGCGAUCGGCGAGAUCCAGCAGAAGUUCGGGCAGGUGAGCAUAUGAUUCUCCACCGGAAACCUUCUCGAGGGGACCACAGCUCGCUGCAAUUUUGAGUGUGCGCGUGUGGAAAUUGUCGGCGACACAAACUAAAUUGGUUUUCUUUCUCCUCCUUUUCAUUCCCCAGUCGUCUGCUAUUUCGGGCAGCAUCGAAAUGAUGAGUGUGUAUAACGUGCGACCGAAUUGCGCUAUUCCGAGCUUCCGAGUCGAUCGGCCGAGUUCCGCACGGCUAACGGACAGGUAUUCAAAAAGACCAAAGCAUGUUUCUGAACUGUUCCGAGUCUUCCUCUUCUUUUCAGAUCGGAGCGUCAGCCGGGAUGCACUUGCUGUUGCCACGUGGCCGCCGGCGUCACAGUCAUUCCACGUGUCGCGCGCUUCUCCACCGAAGGCGGACUCUCCACGCACACUCUCAUGAACCAUUCGGACAGUGAGUCUGGAGCAGAACCCUCUAGAAUUCAGUGAACCGUUUGCAGACAGAAUAGCAGUGAAGAUCACGUGCAGUGACAACAAUAUGUACCGAGUGACGCCCGUCUACGCAACCGUCGAGCCGGGACAGAGCCUUCCACUUCACGUGAGUUUCCCUGCAACUGCCCUCCACUCAAUCUACCUGUGCUUCUUUGCAGAUUGCUCGAAUCACAAGCGACCUGAUCAAACGGGAUCGUCUUUGUGUGAAUAUACUCGAGGCCGAUGGCAACAAAGAAGCGCGGGAGGUCUUCAAGAAGAACACUUCGAACCGCGCGCCGGCGUCCAUCAACAUGGCCCUCGAGGCGGCGGACAAUCACAACAAUCACAACCACAACCACAAUCAUCAUCAAGAAUAA